AUGAUCGUUGGAUUAUUUGCACCGAUCUUCUUAGCUAUACAAUUUUUUGUAGCUAAGAAGAAUCAUGUCACCGUACUCGGAUGGAUCUGUACAUCCGUUUCGAUCGCUGUUUUCGCGGCACCUCUUAGCGCCGUGAUACAUGUAGUUCGUACGGGGAGAGUAGAGUCCAUGCCGAUAGCUCUUAUCGGCUGUCUCAUUGUCAGUGCCGGAGCUUGGCUUAUCUAUGGUUUUCUCUUGAAGAAUAUUUACAUUUAUCUCCCCAAUGUGAUUGGACUCGCAUUGGGAGCCAUUCAGCUAUCCGUAUAUGGUCACUAUUCUCGUACUGGUCGGCGGCAGUCAGAUAUUGAAGUUGUCGAGGAUGUCGAGGAGAUUGCUCCAGAAUCAGAUGUUGAGGUUGAAUUAGUGGAGCAACAUGGCCGCCUGGUAGAGGUGGCAGGAGGAGCAUCAGCUUUGGCCACUGCAGCGGUUGAUGAUGAUGCUGCCACUGCACCUGUUGAUGAUGAUGCUGCCACUGCAGCUGUUGAUGGUGAAGCUGCCGCUGCACCUGUUGAUGAUGAUGCUGCCACUGUCGAGGAUGUAAUAGUUGAGAAAGUAAUUGUCGAGGAGAAUGUGAAUGACCUGUCGAAUCCGGUUGUUGCUGCGAAAGAACGGAUGAAACGUAGGAAUCACAUUACUGCUGAGCUUUUGAGUGAGGAACAUGGAGUUAUUUCAAAUAAUAUAUCAGCUGCUGAAGUGAAAUAUCAGGCAAAUGAGAAUUUUGUUGAAGACGGGAUUCACAUUGAGCCUUUCAACCUAGAUAAAGAAAGGGAAGAAGGUUAUUUCGAUGCAUCCGGGAAUUUUGUUGAAUAUGUAAGAGACGAUGAGAUUAAGGAUGCAUGGCUUGACAAUGUUGAGAUUGAUCCUAGAUUUGCUGGAUUAAGCACUGCAGCAACAAAAGAUGAAGAGGAGGCCCAAGAACUUUCUUCUAAAGAUGUGGCAAUCAUGAAGAGGCGCAUUGCAAAUGUUCUUGAACCAGAGGAAACAGUCUUGCAAUGUUUGAGAAGGUUAAAAGGGAGUGGUGAUAGAAAGACAAAAAUGUCUGGUGAGACUAAGAUCGUAUUUGACCAACUAACUGAGGAUGCUAUGAAACUUAUGGAGAAUGGUGAAUAUGAUGUUUAUCAUGAAAAGAAAGAUGUUUUCGAGCGAGAAGCGGAAGGAUAUGAGGAAUUAGCCAGGGCAAGAGGAGAAGGAACAUCUUCACCUUUGGCCGGUGCAGAUGAUUUUGAUAUGUUUGCUGAUGAUGAUUCUGCCGCUAAACCAUCUACAAAUGAAAAUAAUGCAGUUAGUGAACCGUCAUCAGAUGCCAUUAAUUCUGGUACAGAAGGUGGAGCUUUGCAAAGUGAUUAUGUGUAUGAUGAAUCUUCUGGGUAUUAUUACAGCAGCAGUCUGGGCUAUUACUAUGAUCCAAAUACAGGGCUUUAUUGCUCUGCGGAAUCAGGGAAAUGGUACUCAUAUAAUGAGGAGGCUGGCACCUACGACGAAGUUCCCGAGGUUUCAACCAAUUCGAGUUGAGGGGCUUGUUUAAGGGGAGGAUAGACAAUUUAUAGCAUAUCCACAAUCAUUGUCUUCCAAUGGCAAUUUACAAAAAGAAACAUCAUUUAUCUUUCUGCACAUAUACUUUGUUGUGGGAAACUUGUUGAUGUGCUAAGCCAACUGUUUUUCUUCUGCCUUUAUCGUUUAAGGUUGCUGAUGUGUAGUAGCUUAAAAAUUCACCAAAGCUGAUCCCAAAAAAGCAUACUCUCUUGACCUGCGAGUCCCAUAGCAUAUUCUUGUGUCUUGUAGUGGAAGCCUCCUUGUGAUGGCGCCGGAUCCGACGUGAAAACCCCAUGAUUUGCGAAAACAAACAUAGAGGUAGUCAGUUUACCCUACAAAGUGCAAAUAUAUUUAUGCUCAUGCAAUUAUUGGAUGGCUGUUUUUUUUUUGUUUGUCAAUUUUAGGGCUUUACUAUUGGAUGGCUGUUUUUUGUGUCAAUUUUAGGGCCUUUCCGUAGAUGAAAUGACAAGUGCCAUUGAAACUCUCACGCACAAUUGUGAGGUUUUGAGUUUGAAAUAAUUUUGAAUUUGUUUGA